CCCAGUGACGUCGGUCGGUCUGGUCCCGGGGUGCGCUGGUCUCUCGUCCCAUCUCAGCAGAAUCCACUUGAGUUGCUGCUUCGACCGUCCACACCAUCAGCCUGUGCGACGCGCUCGGUGCGGUGUACGGGUACCCGGUGUCCUCCUUCCACUCCACGCUGCCCGUCUUGUCCCACAUAUCAGUGAACUGUUUGAAUAGAGAGGAGGGAACCUGAGGCUCUGAACAAGAGGGAGAGGGCGAAAAGGAGGAGAGACAGAAAAAAAGAAAGAGGAGAGAAGAGUAAAGAGGUCGCCGUGGUCCCUCUCCUUCCUCGGGCUGGUUCUUCACCGAGAAGAUGCUGAGAAUAGCCGGCGUGUUGGCUGUAGUGGCUCUGGGGUUGAGCGCCGCUCGCACCAAAGUAAAUAAACACAAGCCAUGGAUUGAGACCUCGUACCACGGAGUGAUCACUGAAAACACUGACAUCGUUCUGCUGGAUCCUCCUCUGGUGGCUCUAGACAAAGACGCCCCCAUUCCUUACGCAGGGGAGAUCUGUGCAUUCACCAUCCACGGGCUGGAGGCUCCGUUUGAAGCAGUGGUGCUGAACGGCACGUCUGGUGAGGGUCAGCUGAGGGCUCGAAGCCUGGUGGACUGCGAGCUACAGAAGGAGUACACCUUCAUCAUUCAGGCUCACGACUGCGGCUCUGGCCCCGGGGGCACAGAGGGUAAAAAGUCCCACAAAGCCGUGGUGCACAUUCAGGUCAAUGAUGUCAAUGAGUUUGCCCCUGUGUUUCGGGAGCCCCAGUACCACGCUGCGGUGACAGAAGGCAAGAUUUAUGACAGCAUCCUGCAGGUGGAGGCCACUGACCAAGACUGCUCACCACAGUACAGCCAGAUCUGUAACUACCAGAUCACCACCACCGACACACCUUUCGCCAUAGAUCGAAACGGUAACAUCCGCAACACAGAGAAGCUGAGCUAUGACCGACAGCAGCAGUAUGAGAUCCAGGUGACGGCCUGGGACUGUGGCCAGAAGAGAGCACUGCACAGCGUCCCCGUCCACAUUGACGUCAAACCUGUCUGCAAACCAGGCUGGCAAGGUUGGAAUAAACGAGUGGACUAUGAACCGGGAACAGGUAGUAAGCAGCUCUUUCCCAAGAUGCACCUGGAGACCUGUGGCGGUCCGCUGUCAUCAGUGAGGACCACGGUGGAGCUGCAGACCAGCCACAUCGGGAAGGGCUGUGACCGUGAGACCUACUCUGAGAAAUCUCUUCAGAAACUCUGCGGGGCCUCCUCAGGCAGCACUGACCUUCUGCCUGCCCCCAGCGCUGCCACAAACUGGACAGCUUCCCUGGUGACUGACAGUGGGAGAGACAGUGACUUGAUCUUCAGGUUCGAUGGGCGUCAGGCUGCUAAAAUCCCAGACUGGGUGGUACCGCAGAAUCUGACAGACCAGUUCACUAUAGCAACAUGGAUGAAACACGGGCCAAGUCCUGGGCUCAGAGCUGAGAAGGAAACCCUGCUCUGUAACUCUGAUAAGACCGAGAUGAACCGUCAUCACUACUCACUGUAUGUCCAUAAUUGCCGCUUGGUGUUUUUACUGAGGAGAGACUUCACCCUUGUGGACACGUUCAGACCAGCAGAGUUCCACUGGAAACUGGAGCAGAUCUGUGACAAGGAGUGGCAUUACUAUGUCAUCAACGUAGAGUUUCCAGUGGUGACGCUGUAUGUGGAUGGAGUGACAUACGACCCCUACCUGGUGACGGAUGACUGGCCUAUUCACCCAUCUCAGAUUGAUGUGCAGCUCACGGUCGGCGCCUGCUGGCAAGGUGGGGAGGUGACCAAGCCACGGUUUACUCAGUACUUCCGAGGCAGCCUAUCUGGACUGACUAUCCGACCAGGAAAGAUUGAGAGUCAGAAAGUCAUUUCCUGUCUGCAGGCCUGCAAAGAAGGGCUGGACAUUAACUCUUUGGAAAGUCUGGAUAAGAACAUAAAGUUCCACUUCAACCCUGCACAAUCCAUCCUGGUAAUGGAAGGAGAGGACCUGGAAAACAUGAACACCGCUGUGAGGAAAGUUUCCUACAUAAAUUCCCGCCAGUUCCCGACCCCAGGCAUCAGACGUCUGCACAUCUCCACCACUGUCCAGUGUUUUGGUGAAGACACUUGCAUCACCAUCCCAGACAUUGAUGCUGUGGUUAUGGUGCUGCAGCCAAGCGAGCCCAGGAUCACCAUCACAGGAGUGGAGAGGGUGAGCUGGCCAGCUACGGACUUCAGAGCCCCAGAGGGAAUAUCUCUGUUCCAGGACCUCCACAUCAUCAGCACAGUGACCAGGGCUGACCCCACUCCACAUCACGCAGCACGUCGACCUGGAGUACUGGAGGAGAUCAUUCAUAACUUGGACUACUGUGAUAUCCUGGUGUUGGGAGAAGAGCUGAGGCCAGACCAGGAGUCUCUUCAACUGCAGCGUAGUGCCCUGCUCGGAAAACACCUCGAUGCUACCAACUCCACCUCUGGCAUGUCCGUAUAUGGUGUCGACUCCAUGUCCAACUACGAACAGGUGAUCCGACAAGUGCGCUACUAUAACUGGCAGCCUGGACAAGUAACGGAGAGACGGUUUCGCCUCACCUGCUCUGAGCUCAAUGGACGCUACACCAGCAAUGAGUUCAACCUGGAGGUGAGCGUACUCCACAGUUCAGAGACUGGAGAACAUGUCAGUCACAUGGUAGCUCCGCCUCAGUACAUGCAGGUGGUCCACCAUCCGUCCAUGCUUCAUGACCUGUACCCCAGCCACAGCUCAGGUGUCCCGAGUGCAGCCACUGUGGUGAUCGUGAUGUGUAUCGCCGCCCUGGUGGUCGUGGUUGUGCUGGGCAUCUACCGCAUCCACCUGACCCACCAGCAGGAGGUCAAGCUGAACGAGACGGCAAAAGAGGGCGAUGAAAGCUGGGACAACUCGGCUCUGACGAUCACGGUCAACCCAAUGGAGAAUGUGGAGGAGCCUCAGGCUGUAGAGGAGGAGGCCACUGAGGAGGAAGAGGAGGAGGACGAAGAAGAGGACGAAGACGAAGAUGACGAUGAGGAAGAGGAUGAUGACAUUACAAGUGCGGAAUCAGACGACAGCGAGGAGGAAGUGGACGUCCAGCUACCCAGGAUGCAACGCCCAAGCAAGAGGGGCCAAAACUGGGACAAAACAACAAUAUCUUACUGAAACACACACUCACGGCCACUAACACACACGACAAAACACACUCUGCAACACGUCCAUACUGAAACCUCGAAUCAGACGGUUGAAACAAGAAGACUUUCUUUACUAUGUGAUGCUGAUGCUCUUAAAAUGAGGUUACAUCCCCCCCUAGUGGAAGGCCACAAUGAAAUCCACACAAACACUGCAAUGAUUGAACCUUAGCCUUGAACACACCGUUUUGUACUGGAAAUAAUAGGACACUAAAACUGCUCAUCAAUCAAGAUUUUCAUCCUUCAUGCAGGAACAUACAGGAAUUUACUUCAAGUCACGCCCUGAGAGAUGUCUGUCCUCAAAACAUUUCUCUCCCGUUACAAGAAUUUCAGCAAAAUACACUUGAAUAAAACCAAUCUGUCAGUUGAUGUGUCAGACUCUACACAGUUUUCUGAUGUCCCGCAAACUGCAAAACAGUCUUUAUUAAAGAAAACUGAGUUGCAAGAGUAAAUAAACAGAUUAUUUUUGGUUUGUAUACUUCAUGUUACCAGUCUUUAUUCUAGCCUACACGGCAAAGCCAGGGGAUUUUACAGAAAUAGCAUAUUUUCAAUUGUACUCGAAAACAAACUAAAGGAAAAAAAAGGUCAUGGUUAGAUCAGUGCGCUGUCACAGUCCUGUGGAACUAGCUGAGGAGUUGGAUUCCAGGGUUUUUGGGAAAGUCAGAGGAGUCUCCUUGUAAAUUUUUAUACGUUCCUUUCUUGUAAAUACUGAGUAUAAUAGGUGACCCCCCCCUCUCUCCCACUACCACCGCCCCCACCUUUACCACUACCCAUGCAACUUUCUCCAUCCAGACCCCUCCUCUUCACCUGUACACAACACACACGCCACCACUUCAUAUGUAUGUACACAUCCUGAACCCUUAGCUUGCAGGAGUCUUUACAGAUCCCACCCCUACCCCUACCCCAACCCCCACCCCCCUCAGUCGUCUGUGAGUGUGUGUGUGUUUCUAGCUCAGUGUUCAGACCAUUCCAGCUGACUGUGUCUUGGGUUUGUUGUGGAUGACUGAACCACUGCCUCCAUAGUGACUGAUAGUGCAGCAGGCAAGAUGUUAAAAAGACGUGUAAAUGACACAGCAGCGACAGAAGUGCACGCUACCAUUACUGCUCUUAUGUGAGCGAAGUCACAGUUGCCGUGUCCUGGUCUACAGCACCAGUAUAAUUCAUCUACAGACAGUUACAUUUGGUCCCACAGCAUUCAUUAUUAUGGUUCAUUGCAGACGUGUAGGGGAGUGCGAUAGUUUUCACAACACUUAAGUUUCAAUUCCAGUUCCAUCAAGAAAUGACACAACAAACCUUCAUACUGAUGCUUGACUAUCUCUGAGGCAGGGGUGUCAAACACGCAGCCCGUGGACCAAACCCAGCCCGCUAAAGGGUCCAGUCUGGCCUGUGGGAACAAUU